AUGGAUCGACAGCAAGUCAGCAUGAUUCGUGGGUUUUUCGUGCUUGCCUCCCUUGUUGCAUUGGUUGUCGCACUGCCUAGCAACCAUACCGCUUCGCGUACGGACACGGCCAAACGCGCGACAUGCACGGUCAACAGCGUCUCUAGCGCUUCAAAUCUUUCGUCGUGCUCCACUGUCGUGAUUACAGGCUUCACCGUCCCAUCUGGGGAGACUGUUACCAUAGCUGCAGCAAGCGGCGCAACUGUUACCAUGACGGGGGACAUCGUGUUUUCGAAGACUACUUCAUCUGGCCCGCUAUUGACUUUCAACACCAAGAACAUAAACUUCAAUGGCGGAGACCACAACAUCAAUGUGCGCUGCGGCUCUUCACAUCAUCGUCAGGCACAAACGGAGGUGUUACCAAACCCCACCCUUUUUGUCAAAUUCAAGGGCUCUGGCACUUUUUCCUCUGUCACGGUAUUGAAUUCGCCUGCCCAAGCGAUCUCGGUUGGUACCACCGACACGACCGUCAUCGAACAUGUUACUGUUGACAACUCUGCCGGCAACGCGGGGUCUCUGGGCCACAACACUGAUGGUUUCGAUAUUUCCGCCUCCGAUGUCACCCUUUCCCAAGUUACAGUCAACAACCAAGACGACUGUGUUGCUAUCAACUCCGGUUCUAGCCUUGUAAUCGAGGACUCGACGUGCAUAGGCUCCCAUGGAAUCUCCAUUGGCUCUAUCGCUUCUGGGAAGACGGUUUCAAAUGUCAAGAUUGCAAGAAACACAAUUACUGGUGGCCUCUAUGGACUGCGCAUCAAGGUUGAUGCCGAUGCGACUUCUGCAAGUGUUAGUGGGGUGACCUACGAGGCCAACACCGUUUCAGGUAUCACCGACUAUGGUGUCUUGAUUAGCCAAAGCUACCCUGACAACGACGGCACUCCCGGAACUGGCGCACCCAUCUCGGGAGUCUCAUUCACGGGUGGAACCACCUCUGUCUCGGUCACUUCAUCAGCCUAUACAGUUGUAGUAGACUGUGGGGCGUGCUCGGGCACAUGGGACUUUUCCGACCUUGAUGCGACAGGCGGCAAAGGGCAUAUCAUUGCUGCAAACAAGGCGACGAUAUCGGGUGGCAAGUACUAG